AUGGAGCAGCCAGAACGUGGUUACCCAAAGCUUCCGGAGGAGCAGCAAAAAAGCCCUCAAGAUACCUAUGAGCACCAGCGAGCCAACCUGCCCAAGCAGGAAGUUGAAGCCAAAAGUAUGGCAGCGAAAGAUGCAGAGUCGGGCCUUCAUACCGACGAUGCUCCAGAGAAGACCAUCCCUGGUCAGCAGAAUGGCGAUGGCAAACAAAACGCCGGCGCUGGCCAGUUGAACACAAAGACUGGUUGGCCUAAGGGUGGCAAGUCUGAGGGAUUUGCAGGUGGCCAAGCAAGUGCCACCGCUCAAGUCACUCAUCAUUUUGCCAGUAUCGGCUUGGAUGCCCAUGGCGAGCAUCGUGACACGACCAAGCCUACUGUUAAAAACAAACGCCCUAUCCUGCCGGGUAUUACUGCUAAGGAGUUUCUUGAGCUGGAAAUCGUAUACCCCUCGCGGGAAGCUAAGUAG